GAUUGUAGGAAACAGCCUCGUUUUCGUCCGAUAGGACAACACCUAGUAAAAAAAUCGACUCAGCGACGGGAGAAGUGGGGUUUGGCUUAACAGCUCAACCCACAGAAUGGGCUAUUUGUAACAUUGUAACACUCCAGUGUUGCUAUUUUCACAACAAAACAACGCGGAAAUUCUACAACGAUUGUUCUACUGAGAAUCAACAGCUAUGUCGGCAACACUGUCGCGCGGCUCGCUCCAACCCGGCCAGCAAAAGCUGGCGGAGAAAUUGACCAUUCUGAACGACAGGGGAAUCGGGAUGCUCACUCGCAUCUAUAAUAUCAAGAAGCAAGGACAAGUUUGGAAGGCAUGUGGUGACCCCAAAGCCAAACCAUCCUAUCUAAUAGACAAGAACCUGGAGUCUGCUGUUAAGUUCAUUGUCAGAAAAUUCCCAGCGGUUGAAACACGCAACAACAACCAACAGCUUGCACAACUACAAAAAGAGAAGUCUGAAAUCCUUAAGAAUUUAGCAUUGUAUUACUUCACAUUCGUAGAUGUGAUGGAAUUUAAGGAUCAUGUCUGUGAGCUGCUGAAUACUAUCGAUGCUUGUCAAGUCUUCUUUGAUAUUACCGUGAACUUUGAUCUGACAAAGAACUAUCUUGACUUAGUAGUGACUUACACUAACCUAAUGAUGCUACUGUCUCGGAUUGAAGAGAGGAAAGCUAUUAUUGGACUUUACAAUUACGCCCAUGAAAUGACACAUGGAUCAAGUGAUAGAGAGUACCCUAGGUUGGGACAGAUGAUUGUUGACUACGAGAACCCCCUGAAAAAGAUGAUGGAGGAGUUUGUUCCUCAUGGGAAGUCGUUGUCAGACGCCCUGCUCUCCCUGCAAAUGGUUUACCCCAGGAGAAACCUGUCUGCCGACCAAUGGAGAAACGCACAGCUACUCAGUCUCAUCAGUGCCCCCAGCACCAUGCUCAACCCAGCUCAGUCAGACACUAUGCCCUGUGAAUACUUGUCCCUGGACACCAUGGAGAAGUGGAUAGUAUUUGGCUUUAUCCUGUGUCAUGGGGUGUUGAACAGUGACCAGUCAGCUCUGAGUCUGUGGAAGCUGGCCCUUCAGAGCAGCACCUGCCUCUGUCUCUUCAGAGAUGAGGUUUUUCACAUCCACAAGGCUGCUGAGGACCUCUUCAUCAACAUCCGUGGCUACAACAAGCGUGUGAAUGACAUCAAAGAGUGCAAAGAACAAGCUCUUUCACAUGCUGGACUGAUGCACAGAGAGAGACGCAAGUUCCUGAGAUCUGCCCUGAAGGAGCUGGCCACUGUCCUAUCUGACCAGCCUGGAUUACUGGGCCCUAAGGCCCUGUUUGUGUUCAUGGCUCUGUCGUUCGCUCGGGACGAGAUAAUUUGGCUGCUCCGACAUGCAGACAACAUCCAGAAGAAGAGCACAGAUGAUUUCAUUGACAAGCACAUUGCAGAGCUGAUUUUCUACAUGGAGGAGCUGAGGGCCCAUGUGAGGAAGUACGGUCCUGUCAUGCAAAGGUACUAUGUCCAGUACCUGUCUGGCUUCGACGCUGUGGUGCUCAACGAGCUUGUACAGAACCUUUCGGUCUGUCCUGAGGAUGAAUCCAUCAUCAUGUCCUCCUUCGUCAACACCAUGACAUCCCUCAGCGUCAAACAAGGUGUUACAGUGGAAGAUGGGGACGUGUUUGAUUUCAGGGGCAUGAGGCUGGACUGGUUCAGAUUGCAGGCCUAUACCAGUGUGUCCAAGGCUUCUCUGGGAAUCGCAGACCACCGUGAGCUGGGCAAAAUGAUGAAUACCAUUAUAUUCCAUACCAAGAUGGUGGAUUCUCUGGUGGAGAUGCUGGUGGAGACCUCAGACCUUUCCAUAUUUUGCUUUUACAGUCGUGCAUUUGAGAAGAUGUUCCAGCAGUGUUUGGAGCUGCCCUCCCAGUCCCGUCACUCUAUUUCCUUCCCUCUGCUUUGUACUCACUUUAUGAGCUGCACCCACGAACUCUGUCCCGAGGAGAGGCACCACAUAGGUGACCGUAGCCUGUCCCUGUGCAAUAUGUUUUUGGAUGAGAUGGCCAAACAGGCCCGCAACCUGAUCACAGACAUCUGCACCGAGCAAUGCACGCUGAGUGACCAGCUGCUGCCAAAACAUUGCGCCAAAACCAUCAGUCAGGCGGUGAACAAGAAGUCAAAGAAGCAGACGGGGAAAAAGGGAGAGCCUGAGAGAGAGAAGCCUGGAGUGGAGAGCAUGAGGAAGAACAGGCUACUGGUCACCAACCUGGAUAAGCUUCACACGGCGCUGUCCGAGCUGUGUUUCUCCAUCAACUACGUACCCAACAUGGUGAUAUGGGAACACACGUUCACUCCCAGGGAAUACCUCACCUCGCACUUGGAGAUACGCUUCACCAAGUCUAUUGUGGGGAUGACCAUGUAUAACCAGGCGACCCAGGAGAUUGCCAAGCCAUCUGAGCUGCUGACCAGCGUCAGGGCAUACAUGACCGUGCUGCAGAGCAUUGAGAACUACGUCCAGAUAGACAUCACCCGGGUGUUCAACAAUGUGCUGCUGCAGCAGACCCAGCAUCUGGACAGUCACGGAGAACCAACAAUCACCAGCCUUUACACCAACUGGUAUCUGGAGACUUUACUGCGCCAAGUGAGCAAUGGACACAUAGCUUACUUCCCAGCCAUGAAGGCUUUUGUCAACUUGCCUACAGAGAAUGAGCUCACCUUCAACGCAGAAGAAUACUCUGAUAUUUCAGAAAUGCGUUCCCUGUCAGAGCUGCUGGGGCCAUACGGCAUGAAGUUUCUCAGUGAAAGCCUCAUGUGGCACAUCUCAUCCCAGGUGGCUGAGCUCAAGAAACUGGUGGUGGACAACGUUGAGGUUCUGACUCAGAUGAGGACUAGCUUCGACAAGCCUGAGCAGAUGGCGGCUCUGUUCAAGAAGCUCUCAUCAGUCGACAGCGUUCUGAAGCGGAUGACCAUCAUCGGAGUCAUUCUCUCAUUCCGAUCUUUGGCUCAGGAGGCCCUCCGAGAUGUGUUGUCGUGCCACAUCCCGUUCCUGGUGAGCUCGGUAGAGGACUUCAAGGAUCACAUUCCCAGAGAGACAGACAUGAAGGUGGCCAUGAAUGUGUAUGAGCUGUCAUCUGCAGCAGGCCUGCCAUGUGAGAUAGACCCUGCCUUAGUGGUGGCACUCUCCUCUCAGAAAUCAGAGAACAUCAGUCCUGAGGAAGAGUACAAGAUAGCAUGUCUACUGAUGGUCUUUGUAGCGGUCUCAAUGCCCACCUUGGCAAGCAAUGUCAUGUCACAGUACAGCCCUGCUAUUGAAGGUCACUGCAACAAUAUCCACUGUCUGGCCAAAGCUGUUAACCAGAUUGCUGCAGCUUUAUUCACCAUACACAAGGGCAGCAUUGAGGACCGUCUCAAAGAGUUCCUUGCACUUGCCUCCUCUAGUUUGUUGAAGAUUGGCCAGGAGACUGACAAAAUCACAACAAGGAACAGAGAGUCCGUUUACUUGCUUUUGGACAUGAUUGUGCAAGAGUCUCCAUUCCUGACCAUGGACCUCCUGGAGUCCUGCUUCCCCUACGUGCUGCUCCGUAAUGCAUACCACGCUGUCUACAAGCAGAGCGUGUCUUCCUCCACCUGAGAGCCCUGACAGAAGAAGGGGAGCCAGAGAGCGUCCUCACCUGUAGCCCAGCCACAGCAUGCAGAGCCAAGAACACACACAGUCAGGUAUCAAACCACUCAGAGGAGGAGUGCUGAUUCUGAAAUGAAAUGGACAGGGAGUGACCUGGUCCUAUUGAUCAGCCCUCCUACUCAGAGAUGCUUGAUGCAUACAAGCCAGCCAUGGGGCCCUAUACUGACAAUAUAAAUAUAUGGCUGUGGACAACAUGAGUCUUCUGACCACUGUGGGUGUGCCGUGUUUCAACUUACAGUCUUAAAGAAAACAAAAAAAAAUAUACACAAUAUUAUUGGUUUAGUGGGAUCAGGGUUUUUCUUUUCAUACAGUUUUAAAAUUACUCAUUUGUUUACCUGCAUUUAUCUGAUAUAAGCUUUGUUGAAAAUGAUCAAUGACACUACACUACACUACUACUUAAUUUCAUUUUUUGAAUACUGUGUUACAAUCUUUUACUUUCUAAAUAUGGAAUGGGUUAAAAAUGAAACACUAAAUUUGCUAUUAUGGGUUACGGGGAAUUCAUUAUAGUAAGUAUCGCCAUGUGCAAAACAAAUAGCAGAUUUUUUUGAGAAGUGAUGAAACAUUUAUUCUAUUCACCACUGUCUGUCGGAUAUUACAGUAUGCGUAUCUUUGUGAAUUUAUGUUAUUACAUUUUUGUGUUCCUUUGAGAUAUUUGCCAAACUGUUGAGAAACCAUAGCGUCUUAUUAUUUGGAACUAAGCUGAAAUGUUGGUAUUUAACCUGAAUAUUAUGAAAAGUAAUGACAGAUGGUUGAUAUUUGUACAAAGCAUAGAAUAAUUUUUUAACUAAAUGCCUCAUUGGCAUAACCACUCCAUAGUACCUGUCUGUAUGGUAUAUAAUAAACAUUCUUUCAUAUUUAUUGAAUGUUUAUAAAUUGUUCUCCUUUUACCACUUUUAUAUGUUUUCAAUGUUUCAAUGAACUGUGUAUCCUCCAUAACGUGAUAAAUAAAUCUUAGGCUAUAUCCACUUA